CCCGGUCCGUUUUCGCACAGUCUCCGUCCGAACGCGGUGCCGUCCACAAUUGGCGAUUUUUGACUGUGACACACUCCGACCGCGUAACCCACUGGGACGCGCACGAAAGCUGUUUAGUGCUACGUAAAACGAAAACGCGUGCGUACGCGCGUACGCCACCUAAACCUCCGAAACGGUGCACGAAUUGAACGAAAGCAAAUUAAUAGUCUAACCCGCGACUAACCAACCACGGGCACGGGCAAAGAACUGGUCCGUUUUCACGAUCACGAGCUCAAACGAGGCACAGAGCGAGCGAGGGGGAAACAAAAAAAGAAGGAUGCUAAUUGCAGUGUGUGUAGUAAUGUGACGUAAACGCGUAAUGCUAAUCAUUUGUGUGAAGGAAAGAUUUCAACCGCGCAACAAGUGACAAACCCGUUUUUUGUUGAUGUUGGUGCAGCUGCCGUUGUUGAUUUUAAAUUAGUUUACUCUAAAAGCACACUAAGUGAAUUAAGCUCGUCGUUACUAAGUGUACGUGUGUGGGUGUGUGUUUGUGUGUUAAGAAAAAAUUGUUCUUAUCAUUUAACAAUCCCUCAAGUGCGUCAAUCUCCUCCCGUGCGUCUAUGGGUGUAAUUUUACUCUUUCGAAAAGCAGGCGGUUUAAAAUAUCACAUUCCAGCACGCGCGUGCUCGCGCCUCUUGAGUGAUUGCUUCCGCUUCGGGGUUUUGGUGGUUACAAGGAGUUACCAGCGGCCCAGAGGCGCAAUCGUAAGUGUGACAGACGGACAAGGAGUCGAAACCUAAUAUGUUUACCUAGCUAACGUAGCGUAAUGGUUUAGCGAUUUUAGCACCAGUAAUCGAACCUGGGAUUGUCACAAUUCCCGCGUCGUCCAGUGACGUCUUAAUGGAUUAGCGUUUGCUUAUCUGAGCGGCCGCCCUGUUAGCGUUUUGUACGCGUGAUCAAUCACGCGCGUGAACAGUGAAACGCAAACAAAAAGAAGCUAACGGUGCAUUGUGGACGCCCUUUGGCAGAGCGAAACUGUAAAUCAGACAUUGACCUGUGCGCGCGAUAGCGGACGUUUGCGUUCGUUGGAUCUGAGCCCAAUCGGUAGAGGAAUUAUCAGGCGCCACCCUUCCACAUUUGUUGCCUAAUUUCGAUUGGUAAGCAGUGUAAGAGCCUAGCAGUAGUGUCUUCCCUCCAUCCGAUAGUUCGACUAUAUAGUCGCGCUAGAAGCAAACGCUAGCCACCAUGAUCGUCGGUUGCAGCACUCCCAGUCCGGUGCGGUAGUCUUGUCUCCGUGGGGCAGACAGGCAGGCAGACAGGCAGGCAGAAAAGGCACACAGACCAUAGGCAAGAUGACGGAAGUCGAGUCGUCAACCGUCGUAGCCGGCGCUUCGCCCGGACCACGUGUCUCGUUCAAUAGGGAUGUGCACGUGAAACGUAUCGGCCCUCGACACGAAGGUCCCCCACGCACCACCCUACCGAACGGUACCGUUCGCAAGGAGCACCCCGAGAACCUAUCCCAGGAAGCGUUACGCCGUGAAGCGGAGUUCGUACUUGCGCAGGCCGAUAAAAUCGAUCGCUCCAGCCAAGCCGCGGCCAAGCAGUACAGCCAGCCCGGCGAACCACUCGAUGCGGCACGGUUCAAUUCGCUGCCCUCGCGCUCCAAGUCACGCACGAAGAAGGUCACCCGGUCGGUGAGUGACGCCGCCUCGAAAAAGCCCUCCAAGAGCCUGUUGAGCCUGUUCAGCCGUAAGCCGGCGGCGGAUGAGCAAAGCGCACCGCGGCCCCAAGCACCCUCGAGCGGCAGAAGCGGCACCCUUGGCCGGAGCAAAAGUGAUGUUGGCCGGAACGGCGCCACACCAGUGAAGCAGCGCAAAGUGGUACCGCGCCGGGCGACGCAGGAACUCGGCGAGCUACGAUCCACGGGCACGGUCACGCGAAAGCAUGACCCACUGACGCCGAUCAUCGAGGCAUCACCGCUCGAGUACACGCAACAGGUCGAUCCGCUGACGGCACAGCUAGCACGGCGCGGUCGGGCCGUGUCCGAGGAGCCGAAACCAUCGACCAGGCUCGCCGCACCGCCGAAACCGGGCGUUAUGGAAACGAUCACGCUGCUGCGCUCGUCCAACAGCACUGCCAAAUCCCAGGACGCACUGCACAGCUCGCAGCUGCCGCCGGAGAAGCCUCACCUUACCAAGGGCGUCACGGUGGAGAACAUCGUCAAGCGGUUGUCGAGCGAGCGGCACACCUCCCCUCCGCCAUCGCAGAUCGUGGGCGGUGGGUUUUCGUACACCCGCGGAUCGGGCGAGCAGCCGAUCGUGUACGCGCAGGUCGUCGCCAACGAGACGAACAAAUCGAAACACACCGUCAAGCAGCAGCACUAUCCCUCGACCGAAGAGGAAGACCCAGCCACCAUGUGGACGGCGGGUGAGAGUAAGUUGAGACCGUCGGGAGGAUUCCUGGACACGACGCAGCGUCCGAGUCCUCCGCUGCCGAAGUAUCGGCUGGAUGAGGCCGACCAUUCGCCGCUCACGAUCAAUGGAAUAAGGCGUAAGCUGCACACAAAUAGCGACGAGGAUGAAGGGCUCGGGAUCGACUACGCCCGGCAGAAGCAGGCUCAGGAGCGUUAUAAGUCGUCCGCUUACGUGCACACAUCGAGCAGCACGACCCGUACAUCGCCCAAGUCUUUCCUUACCAACUCGGACGAGGAUCCACCGAUCGCACCGAGUAUCGUGCGGUUGACACCGACGGAGAAGAACUUCUCCAGCAGCUACAGCGUCCACUACCGUGGCCAGGCAGACGGGAAGGAACAUCUGCCCGAGUUCCAUGAGCUCAGUCAACGACGGGAGAUUCUGGAGUCCCGUAUACGAUCGCGCAUUGGAUCGCGUGAUCUGCUCGAUCGGAUGUCACCGGAGAGGACGGUACCGGUUCCGAUUCAGCUAACAUCUGGAGGACAUCGAACGAGUAACAGUAGCAGUACGACCAAGUACCGUACGACCACCGAACGUCGCUCGGUGGAUCGGGUACUGGAUCGACAUGAGUCACCGGUGCGCAGGAGUACGCUCUCGCCGACUCCAACAUACCGAGAAGCAUCGCAGGAGCGUGGUGCAGUGCCACGAAGAAAUUCCCGUGGAUAUGUGGAGACAUUCGUGACGAAAACGGUUGUCAAUCGGGAUGGUAAACCCGUGUCGGAGGAGUACGUGGAGCGGUACAAGUAUCCGGGCGAGAGUGUGGAAGCCGUAACAAGCUCCAGGACGGUGUACGAUCGUGAAGGAUCGGCAGGACGUACGGAGGUUCAACGAUACAAUCGUUACGUUCCGGAGCAACAGGGUGGAACAAGCAGCUACACCACGCGUCACACGGUCGACAAGGGAGAUUCGGGCAUUGAGAACGAUUUCCGCAAGGAUUCGUUCAAUCAUGAGUUUAUCUCGGGGACAAAGUUUACGCUGACGGAGAACGUACGCGCUUGUGAGGACUUCCUGCGCAUGGAGCGAACGCACACGAACAGCUGCAUGAGGAAGCCGAGGAAAGCGCACGUCUACCGGGAACGGAGCAUCGAUGAUGGAUCGCGGUACGAUCCACGUUUGGAUGAGAUAUCGGCUAGUCGCAGCUACACCCGAGACAGCACGCUCAAGUCUUCGCUGAAGGCUGACAAGAAAGCUGGAGGACUCGCAAAGGUAAAGCAGUUCGUCAGCUCCACCCGCAAGAAAUUGGUCCGCAUGGGUACGGAUACAUCGGAGAAGCGAGAUCACUCCCGCGUCGGCAGUCUUCGCUCGGACAGUGCAGAUGGAUCGCGUGUCCCAGACAUUGCCACGCGGCGUCGACUCUCCACACCGAAAUCGAGCCCUUCGUCGGCGAAGCGAUCGCUUUCCUUCAAGAGCUCCAAACUGUCCAGCACUACGCCGGCAGAGGGUCAGAAGCAGUCGUCUUCGCGCUCGGAAUGGUUCAAAUCGUUCGAUCGGUUGUCAAGGAAAAAGUCCAGCUCGAAACCGAACCUCACCGUGGAUGCGAAAUCGCCUCCACCGCCACCGAAGCAGGCCAAGAGUUUGCGCUUCUUCGGCGAUACCGAUACGGAGUAUGGCGAUCAGAACGCCACCUCGUACAGAUCAGCACGGAGUAAUCUCUCGAAAAUGGAAAAGAAAUAUCGCAGUGCGUACGAUCUGGACACAGCCCCAAAGGUGCGCGAUACAGCUCGCAAUCGAUCGUCCUCGUUACACAACCUGGACGAGGAGGAUGAGCUGAGCCUACGGGGCAAAGACUAUCGCUCGGAGGAACAUUCCAGUACAUUCUACCGGGCGAGAUCGCCAUCACCGUCGGACUAUCGGCCGGAGCGAACUGGCACACCUCGGGACUACACGCCGGAACGUGUGACCAGGAAGGCGUACCACCAUCACCAUCGAUCGAGGGAAAACAAUAUCGAUCUGGUAGAUGGAGAACGGUCGCAAACACCGGUCCAUCAACGGCCGGGGAGUCGUAGUCGCAGCGAGCACAAGAAACCACCGUCAGGGCCACAGAAACCGGCCCGGACCUUUGAGCGUCGGGAUAGCUUAAACAGGGACAUUGAUCGCAUUCUGGACAGUUCCGGGACGGAAGGUGAAUCUAGUCAGCAAAGCCAGCGCAGUGUCGUGUUUCUGCAUGCAACAACCGUUGGCGAUAUACCGCAUCCACAGAUUGCGAAUGCUCGUCGUCGGGCGUACUCGCGCGAAUCACUCAACCACUCGGUCGCCUCCUCCAAGAAGGUCCAGCCGAUGACACGCACCGUGUCUCGUUCGAUAUCGGUCCUGGCACCCUGGAAGCCGAAGAACAUUCGCGAAGGAUACGAAAUCGAUUACCACAAAGAUCAGCACCAGGCGAAACCGAUCUCAACCUUGCCUCGGUCCGGUGCCACCAGCCGCCAGUCGACAGUCGGCAGCCAAUCCACGCUCAGUCGGCAGCCCAAGCAACGCAACACACCAUCGGCCCGUGAUGACCCAGACUCGGACAAAAGCUCUUCGUUUGAGCAAUCGCGACGCCACAGCGCUGACCAGCAGCAGCAACGACGCGCAAGCGGAUCACGCGAAACGGGCGGAUUAGCCACACCGUACGCUUCGACCACGCUGCCCAGCUCGCGCCGUGUGAAGGACUCGAUCGCACAGUAUCCUUCCCGUACGGCGGGCAGUGGCUCUACGCUUAAAUAUCGCCGAUGAAAAAAACAUUACCGUUAACACGUGCAGUAGCUACUGCAGCGGAAAAGCAAACGACGCGGUUAACACUAAUUAAUUAAAUGUAGCAUGUAAGCAUUCACGUUCAACAGCACGCUGUAUUUCGAUUUGCAAAUGAUUCAAACUGCCAUGCUACCGGCGUGAUUUUCCACGAUGCCAACUUUUUGGGGGAAGGGUGCAAAAC